UUAUGGAACUGAACCCUGAUCUAAACAUCAAAUAAUUAUUGUUAUCUUAAAUUAUAUGUGUAUUUUUUAACGAUGAACUUUUAAGUGGACAAAACCCUUUUAAAAUGUGUACCUGUGGUACGGAGAAUGUUUUAAACUGUUAUCCUUGUUGCAAUGAUGGCUUCCCGAAGACUUUGGAUUGUGGUCGUUCGGGAUCGGCGGGUGCACAAGAGACGAAAUUCUCAAAUAUGAUACCGCCAAGUUUUCUGUGCAAUCGAUUUUCUAGCACAACAAAAACAAAGGAGAAAAAACCAAAAGCCUGCAAUUGUCCUAUUAAAAAAGACAAGGUCCAAGAAAAGUCCAAGAAGUGUAAAUGUGUAGACAAAGGUGUUGAUACGUGUGAUCUGGUGAACGAAGUGUGUAAAAAUGCUUGCGAAAUGAGUAAAACAGACUAUGCAAAUAUGAUUGCUACUCACGGACCUGAAGGAGUUAAUCCUGCGUUGGGGCAAGCAUCUGCCGUACCACCUAUUGGAAUAGGAAACGAUAUACCUGGCGCUGAUUUUAUGGCAGGGAUAGAUCCUUCAAGCAUGAAUGUGGAACAACCACAACGGGUUGAAGCUAUGCCAGCGGCUGGAUUACCCAGCAGGACAAGUCCCCAGUUUGAUCCUUGUACAGGCCUAGAAUGUCAAUGUCCGGCCAAGCCAGCAGCAUAUAUGCCUUAUAUGUGUCCAAUAGUUCCACUGCCCAGCCUGAGUCCCUAUUUAUACCCAAAUUUCAAUCAAUGUUGCCAAAAACCCUCCCAAGGUUCAUGCUGCUGUGCUCCAAGUCCUCCAUUGCCGGAAUGUCCGUGUGAUGCAGGCGCCUCCACAACGACAACUACCAUCACCAAGGACAAAGCCAAAAAGGGCGACAACAAAGGGAACAAGGACAAGGUUAGGCAGCCCAAUAGUAAGAGUAAGGAGAAAAGCAACAAGAAACUACAAAUUGUCAAUUGCUGUAAUGCGAGCUCAGAUCUCGUCGAGCGCAUUUGCACGUCCCUGCAAGUUUCGCGACCACCGGAAAAUUGCUAUCUUUUGCUGCCGAUUACAAUGGCCAACAAGGGCAAUGACGAAUCUUUGCAACCCGAUGGCAAGCAACAAAAUGAGAAAACUAUUUCAUCAAGAACGAGCAAAGACAGUGAAAUUGAACAAAAAGCUGCUAGAAAAUCGAACAAGCCGACGCGCAACUGUGGCUGCAACACAGUCAUCAGCGGAGACAUUCAGGAAAACGGUGAGGAUCCACAAGAAGAACAGGACGAGGAAAGCUGUAACGUGUCCAGCAACUGUUGCAAUUCUUGCUGCAGUCCUGGUUGCUGUUGCAGGCCAUGCUGUUAUUAUAAUCCCUGUACGGGUUGUUAUUAUUGGCGCAAUCGUUGCUGUUGCAAAGGCUGCUGUACUAAUUCCUGCAGCUCUUGCCCCCAACCCUGCCCGCAACCCUGCCCGCAACCCUGCCCGCAACCCUGCCAGCAAUCCUGUCCCCAAUGCUGCUCCCAAUCCUGCCCCUUACCAAAGAGUCAAUCAUCGAACGCUAGCCCAAAGGUAGAAUCUCCCAAAAAGGGUUCACCAAACUCAUCGAAAAGGCCUAGUGAUGACCGUGUCGUGGCCGGAGCUAUGACGCCAUUCAAGCCUGAGGUCCAAGAGCUCUACGAGCGUUGGCUGGGAUUUAAUCAGUACGCGGUGAAUAGUCUCCACGGAUUUCCGCCCAUGCCGCCAUCGUCCAGAAGACCACUAACUCCGAUUCAUUCCGGUCCAAUUUACUAUCGGGCGCCGCAGUUUCCGUAUCGUCCGUCGCAGUGUGAUAUCAGAACCUUUAGAUCACCGUCACCGCCGCAGGUGAUGCCGCGACGAUCGGCGGCGAUGCCGCGACGAUCGGCGGCGAUUCCGCGACGAUCGGCGGCGGACAUUGAUUGGGCGCCACUCUAGUGUUUUAAAGGAUGACCACAUUUAUCGAUAAAUUUGAAAGUGAAAGUUUAUAUAGUCGCUCACGAAACAUGAAUCAUUAUCACGAGAGCUAAAAAACUAUCGAUAGUUUCGAUAUUUUAGAUUACCAUUAUCGAUACUACCGAUAGUAGUAUUAACUCGGUGUUAUGACAAAAUUUUUGUAUUAUGACA